AUGCCAAUCAUCAAGGAAAGUAAAGAAUGGUUUCAAGAAAUAAAUCAACGUUAUGUACCAGGGCAAUCGUUUGCACUUGAAAUCGAUCAAACCCUAUAUCAUAAACAAUCAAAAUAUCAGGAUGUGUUGGUCUUCAAGAGUACAGCCCAUGGCAAUGUACUUGUCUUAGAUAAUCGAAUUCAAUGUACGGAACGAGACGAAUUUGCCUAUCAGGAGAUGCUAGCAUUUCUUCCUUUACUUGCUCAUCCAAAUCCAAAACGAGUUCUAAUCAUCGGUGGAGGUGACGGUGGUGUUCUUCGUGAAGUUAUCAAACAUCCAAAAGUUGAAGAAGUCGUUCUGUGCGAAAUUGAUCAGGAUGUAAUUGAUGUCAGCAAGAAGUAUUUUCCAGAAAUGUUCAAAGGUUUUUUGUCGCCAAAAGCAACGAUUAAUAUUGGUGACGGAUUUGAAUAUCUCAAAAUUCAUAAAAAUGAAUUUGACGUAAUUAUUACAGAUUCAUCUGAUCCAGAAGGUACAUCAUGA